AUGUCGAGAGCGCUUACUCUCGCGACUUUGCUGCUGCGAGCAGUUGCUCAAAGCAAUGACUCCGAGAUUCUGGAACAAGCAAAUGCCACCGUGAACAGGCACUGUCCGGUGUCACUGCCCGAGAUCGAUCACCAGUCAGAACGGAUCGCAUUGCAACUCAUGGCGGGCCCAGAGAACCAGGUCUACGGUGCAGUUCUGGAAGCAACUCAGUCUUUGCAAAGUGGCGACUCCUCAGCACAAUUGACCACAUCCUUGAAGGAGUCUGUGGACCCGUAUUUUGCCGCAAGGCAGGCUUUCCCCAUCAUCCUUUCCAUUAUCCUCCUGGGGAUAUGGCCCUUUGGCUGUUGGUUUGUGUGUCCCUGCUGCACGCGCAAUUGCUGCUGUUGUUGCCAGAGAAGGUGGGGGUGUGGAGGCAACAUCGCCUGCCACGCAUGUCUGUGGAUGAUCUUCUUGUGCCUCACGGUUGCUGCCUUGGUCCUGGCCCUCUUGAGCCUUCAGGGCUUCCACGAGGUGGACGAGGGGGUGCGCGGCACCGCCUGCUUUUCCGCGCAGCUGGUGCAGGACUCCAUCGCGGGCAACGAGGAUUUGAACUUCAUAGGUUUGGUGCCGGCCGUGGAGAGACUGGAGACCAUAGCCAGCGUCUUAGCAGAGGACUCGGACUUCAUGCGGGAGCUCAAAGGCUUGCUGGACCGCACUGUGGAGAUCGAGCAAGCUGCAGGCCUCUUGGCGGAGAUGAUGCGGGUUAUGCAGUUCUUGCUGGGCGAGCCUCAAAACCAAGCGCCCGCGGGCUACAUGCACAAGUGCCAGAUUUGCGCGCCUUUGGCCGAGCUCUUGGAGACGGUGAUCGCUCUCUUUGAGGGAGGUGUGGGCGUUGCACUGGCAAACGUGAGGACCACGGUGAACUCUCAACUGCAAGGCCCCGCGGUGAGGGAGAUGCACCAAUCCAUUCAGGGCACGAUGGCACCCAUCCGUGAGGCCAAGAACCAGCUACUGGACCAGGUGGGCUUCUUUGUGAAGCAGGCAGAGGACGGCUUCCAUCAGACCUCAGACUACGUGAAUGGCGACGGUGGCCUUUUGCUUCCUGCCCUGGCAAUCGUUGUCGCCGUGUGCUUUGUGAUGUUCCUGCAGGGCGUGGCUGCUCUUGGCAGCUUCGGGUGUUGCCACCAGAGAGGCAAGGCCGAGGAUCAUGUAUGUGUUCGCUGCUGCAGCUGCUGCGGCAUGUGCAGCGCCUACUUUUGGGCUGCGCUCCUCUUCCUGCUUGGGGGCAUCCUAUUGAUCGGGGUGAGCAUUGGGAGCGGUGCCUGCCUGGUGAUGAUCGACUUUGACCAGCAGAUGGGCGAGAAGCUCCUAACAGCGCUGGGAACACCAAUCGACGACACGGUCGAGAUGGCCUUGUUCCUUGCUGAUAGGUGCAUGAGCUUGAACGGCAAUACCUCGGCCAGCAGCAACCUGGCGGACAUCAUCGAGCUCCCAGCCAGAAAUCCAUCCUACCCGGGUGAGAGGACGACGGUCCGUGCUGACGUCAUAGAUUUGGUGAUCCUGCCGAUCCAGCAGAGCUUCGCCACCUUGGACCAAGCCUUGGGCACUCAGCCGCCCGCCGUAGCCAACAUCUCGGAGUUGACGCGCCUGCGCGAAGUGAUCGGAUCAGUCAACAUGAAAGCAUUGUACUGGCCCAUUCCGGUGGAGGUGGACAACCACCCAGUCUACUACAAGAUGCUUGAGGCUUACUACAUAGCAGGACUGCAGUGCCCAACUUUGGCAUUAGACAUCAGCUUGCCAGACCCCUUGGGCAAUGUGAAGGUGCCGGGCCUGAAUUCCAUUGCGGUGGAGGGGUUUAGCGCCCAGGGCUACCUACUGGUACCCUCCCUGUCGCAUGACAUGGCCUCAGCCAACUGGACCUGCCCCGUCGCCCUGCAGGGCGUUUGCGGCACCGCUGCAAGCUCAACCACCCUCUUGACCGAGCGCUGCCUGGCGGGCAAGGCCUUUUUGGAGGAGAAGAAGCUGCCUUUGGCCACCGAGGCGGUCUUCAAGUGCAGACACUUCCAGGACCCUGGAGGCACCCCAGGCACCAAGUGCGACAUCACCAGCAUGCACAAGGACAGCAACGGCACUUGGCACACCUGCCUCUACCCAAAUGGCAGCAUCGCCACCUUUGACGUGGACUGUACCCUGGACGAGUUUGAGCAAAACAUGCGGGAUUUCGACCUGGGCUUUUUGCGAGCAUUCCAGUACCUUGAUGACAUUGUGGCGUCUCUCUUGUCUGGCGUGAGCGUGGAUUUGAAGAGGCUGGUGACGGUCCACAUCAUCGAGCCUUUGCUCAGCCUGCUCGGUUCCUUCGACUGCAGCUUCAUGCGGAGCUUCUGGCAAGGCCUCACAGAUUCCUUGUGCUACCGAUCGGUCAAAGGCUUCGGCAUCCUGGCGACCAACUACGUCUGGCUGGGCAUCCUCUACCUCGGAAUCUCAGCCCUGAUGUUUGUCCCCUGGCGCAUCUCCCGGGACACCAAGGACAGCUACGUCACAGCGGAGCCGGCCCAACAUUGA